GAGUGGUAUGACAGCCGUCUGAAAUGGGACGCCGACCGCAUCAGUCAGAUCAUGGUGAACAUCAGCAAAGUAUGGGCCCCAGACAUUGUUUACACCAACGGAGUGGGUCCCAUCAAGUCUUUGUACCCACACAACGUCAGGAUAUCAAGCAACGGGAUUGUUUGGUGGACGAGGAAAGAGAUAGUGACCACCUACUGCCCUACCACCCCUGACCAAAUUCGACAAUCCUGCGCCAUACAGCUCGGGUUCAUGAGCAACAGCCGCGGGAUUCAGAACGACCGGUUCUUUGCCAACACCAGCACCCUAGUCCUGCCUGCUGACUUCGCCAACAACGAGUGGUACCUUUACUCGGCUGACAUGGUCCUAGGCGGGGACAACGAGACCCGGCCGUCCACUAUGGACGUCGAGAUGACCCUAGAGAGAAAGAGGAGCACAGGAACGGCUGGCAGCACACAGGGUCAAGAACUGACCACUGGCUACGUCUCUGUGGAAGGCGGAACAGAGAACUGCUCGCAGACGCAACAAAAUGGCGACGGAACGAAUGGAGGCACUUCCUUGCAUGACGUCAUCGGAUUACGUCUUGUGCUAUUUAUAGCAAGCGUGGUUGCCUUCAGGUCUAGAUGGGAAUGUGAGAAUGCUUUGUAUAGAUAACGUAUCUUACUGUAAUAUCGUAGGAAGAUAACAGUGUGAUUUGUUUACAUAUUUUCGUCCCACAUCAAAAUUAGAGAAAAACAUGGUCAUUAUUACACAACUGUCACAGAUCUUUUCACAGUGGCUUCCCUUAAGCGAAUGUUUUAGAUUUAACGGCAAAAAAGCUACAUGUUUUAUGUACCGAUUUGUUCUCACUAGCUGGAAGAGUCGGACAGCUUUUGGAAUCAGUACACCUAAUUAAUAAUGAAAGACUGGUGUCUUUUAAAGCUGCAAAAUGAGCUGCAAUGCCGUUGGGGUAUUUCUAAAAUAGUUCUACCAUAAUAUGUUAAAAUGUUUUUGAGGCUUCUCGACCCAGAUAAUAGUGUAGAGACUUGACAAAAUGCCAGGUCGUGGACUGGGUACAGACGAAUUAACUUUUACUUAAAAGCGCCGUAGAUACAAAAUUCUCGCAUUACCAAUUAAACAACGUUAGUUUAACUGGACUACUUUGCACGCAGGUGUCAUGUAUCUAAGUCGCCCCAAUAGAAAAGCUUUUAUAAGUCAAAUUUUUUAUAAAGCCCUACUUGUGUUAUGAUUUAAAAUUCAGUAAUGAUUAUACAACCCAAGCUCUUGCCCAUGACCAUCAGAGGUCGAGGCAUCAGCUGAUGCACCAUUCAGCAAUGCAGCUACCUCCACGACCCCUGGAAGGGUUAAAUGGCUCGAGAUCAUGAUCGUAAAUGAUUAAGAAGUGCCAGAUCACUAGCAUGCUUUUGGACACUUAUUGAUUUCACAUUGCCUUAGUCAGUUCAGGUGGAGUCGGUAGCCUAGUGAAUGGACUUCAGGACCAGUAAUCGUGAGAUUGCAUGUUGGCAGGCGAGAGCCUCACCACGGUCCGACGUUGUGUCCUUGGGAAAGGUAGUUUGCACGAAAUUCCCUUUUAGCUCAGUCCUUUCGGAGAUAGACGUUAAACUCGGAGGUCCCGCCUCUUAAGUAACCUAAUAGUGUUGAUAGGGGCGCUAAACCUACACUAUCAUUUCACCACUUUUUCGUUGGUCAGGUCAUGGCUGGAUUAAGCAUUGGGAGGUCUGGGGCCCGCUUUGAAGGGAGGCAUCUUAUCUAACUCCCCCAUCUGCAUAAACCUCAGCCUAGUAACAAAGAAAAGCUAAGAAUAUAAACUGGACAUUUUUAGUGAGGAAAUACUGAAAUUGGGCUAUUCUUCCAACAUUAUAGUGUGUAAUGAAAUAAUACAAAUUGAAAAUGAAUUUAUUUACGCAAAGAAAUUCAAAUAGCUUCAUUAAAUGUUUUCAGGGAACAAGUUGAACAACAAACGAGUAAAUAUUUUUGUUCAAAUCAGAGAAUAGAUUGAGUUAAAGUUAAAACCAUUACAGUCAUAAUUUUAUAUAUGACUCAAUGCUUCUAAAUGUUAUAUCUGUGGGAGCCCCCCCCCCCCCCCCGGCCCCCCGAUCCCUUGGUGGGCAGUCCUUCAAACCAUAGCCAUUUUUCUGAACUCCCCAAACUCAGUCCCAGAUAAAGUAAUACAGCAAGCAGCAUACUCCAGUCCCUGCCAGUACAGCAGGAUUUCAGAAAAAGGCAUGUAUUCUUAAAAGUAAUGAAGUGUACUUAUUAUGAGGUUUAGAUAAUAACAUAUAACAAAUAAAUAAA